GCAGUUGGGAUCUCUAGAUGGUACCAGACUUAGGCGCGGGGGGGGGGGGGACUAACACCAACAACCAACACUUUGACAUUGGCUUCACAGCCCAGCUCCAUGACCUUCUCCAGCUGAAGCAGGAGAAUGCCUACUUGACCACCAUCACUAAGCAGAUCACACCCUACAUCCGCUCCAUUGCCAGAGUGAAGGAGCGGCUGGAGCCCAGAUUCCAGGUACCUGUGGAAGAGCACACGGAGCAGAAUGUGUACGAUGAUGCCACGGACAAUGAGACCUCAGCCAGGAUCGACCCAGGGAGCAUCACUGAGAAGAGAGAGAGGGCAUCUGAGCCCCAUGGAAGCAGCUGGGCCCUGAGCAUCCUCCCAGAAGGGCCCCCAUUAAAGAACCAAGACCACCCCAGACCCAAGUAGGAAACCAGAGAUGAGGGACGGCAAGGUGGCUCAGGACCCAAAGCGGCUUGCUACCAAGCCUGACGACCUGGACCGCCAUGGUGCAAGGAAAGAGCUAAUUUCCACACAGGUUCACAAUCAAGAAGCAACAGGAAAGCUCUCAAUGAGGACGGCAUCACCACACGAGGCAGCAGCUUAGUAACUGGGUCCUAGUGAGCUGCGCCCAGGUGUUGGCUUUCUCAGGACUGGCACGCAGGCUCCAGACAUGGCUGCUCUUUCAGAGGACCCGGGUUGGAUCCUAUCACCCGCAUGGUGCUCACUAUCACCUGUAACUCCAGUUCAGGUGAACUGAUGCCCUCUUCUGGCCUCUGUGGGUACCACAUGCAUGUACUGCAGACAUCACAUGCAUGUACUGCAGACAUGUGUGCAGGUAAAAUACAUAAAAUAGUAAAAUACACAUAAAAUAUAUCUUAAAUUUAAGCUGGGGCAAAGAACAGCAUGUACCACCGUCACCUGAUUUAUUUGUUAUGCCUUUCAUCCCAGCACUCGGGAGGCAGAGGCAGACAGGUGUUUGUGAGUUCCAGGACA